AUGGCUUCCGAAUCGCCAAAAGCGCCAGAUCUGGCCACGAUGCCAAACGAUUCCGAUGUUACCAGCUCCACCGAGGCUCCCGCUCCCGCUCCCACGACGUCAUCAACAACAGACACGGCCGUGCAGCCCGACGACUCUACACACCAAGAUGUCCCGGCGCAACACGAUCAAAACUCGCCAGAAAAAAGCGGUGCUGCGAACGCCUGGCUCUCACAAGAUGAUGAAGAAGAAGAAGGCAACGAUUGGCUGGCUUCCGACGAUGCACCAAACCAAGCACAACAAGAGGAGCCUCCUGUUGAGACUCUCCCUGAGCAACCCGAGCCUGAAUCUGUUGCACAACCUAAGGGAUCGACGUCUCAACACUCAAGCUCCCGAUCCUUCGCUCGUACAGUGUCCCACGAAAUCAGCUUCGGGGACGAAGAGGAGGGUGAAUGGAGCUUGAACCGCACUGACACCGACCCUUUCAAAUUUAUGCCUCCCAACGACCGCACAAAUUCUUUCCCGUCAGUCCCACCUGCUCACAUAAAUGCAGAGGUUGGUGAUCAACCUUUACCCCCAAACCAGGCCAUGGAUGUGUUGGAGGAGACAGAGAAGGAAGCCGACGCGGAAGAGGAGCUAUACCAACGAGAAGAGACAGCCGAGGGACUUGAGGCACCAAGACGAGGCCACUCCUCGUCUAUAUCUAUAGGAGGAGAUUUGAAGAGCCCAGAGGGCCAGAAUUUCGAUGAGCGUUACGAAGAGGGAAUCCCAUUGAUCCCCCAGUCUGCCGAAGAACGUAAUGAGGUGCCCAGUACGCAGGAGGACAAGACUCCAGUCGACGUAUUUAAUGAUGAUGAAGAGGCAGACGGUGUCGAUUUUUUUACUCAAGUCCAGGGUUCCGAACCUGUGUCUGAUGAGCAACCUCCUGCGUUGGAACGAAAAUCGACAAUGCAAGUUCUGGAUUCGAUGAACGCAGGUAUUAUUUCAAAGCAGCCUACACUUGAAGAGACACCAGAAGAGGAUGAAGAAGAGGAGUCAGAUGAGGAGUCAGACGAGGAGAAGGAAGAGGACGAGGAAGAAGAAGAAGAUGAUGACGAUGAUGACGAUGAUGACGAUGAUGACGAUGAUGAAGAGGACGAAGUCGAAGUCAAGGAUGAAAAGGUGUUACAAACUGAGCCAACGCCCGCUGCGUCUGAUCCGGCUCCUGCCAACAAAGAAGACCUCGCAUCAAAAUGGGAACAAGCAUUCGCUGACGACGAAGAUGAAGACUUCCUGCUCGAGGAAAAUACCGGAGAAGACAAACAAGUUGAUCCAGCUGCAUUUUUCGGAAGCGAUGAUGAGGGUUUUCUGGAGGAAGAGGAACCUAUUGAGGCUCCAGCACCUGCGCCUGUACCUACAACACACCAACCCUCGGGAUCCAACCCUUAUAUGCCACAAGCACCAGUAGCUCACUCGGCACCAUCUCCCUACGCCCCAAGCUUUCAAGCGCAUGGAAUACCUGCUCCUCAAGUGUCUGCGUUCAACUCUCCAGCGCCUGCUACAACUACCUUCGGCUCAACCUCCCAAUACGGCCAGCCUCCCCCAGUACGCCCUGAGAUGUCGAAAGCACAAAGCUUCGCCGAUAAGUCAAAAGGAGGAUACCACUCACCCUAUGACCUGCCGACUGAUCUUGUCACCAAUGUGGUAAAGCCUCGAAAGAGGGCAAGCAUGCAGCAGCUGUCUCAGGCAAACCAUCUUCAUGCUCCGGUUCAACCUCCGCCUAGAAGUGCGAGCGUUGGCAUGCCUGCUCCUCCAACUAAACUCACGCCGCCUUCUUCUAGCCACGGCUUACCCGUUCAGCAAUCCGCAGCACCUCCAAAGGCCACAGCACCUGGUGUUCAGAAUAAGGAGAACUUUUUCGAGGAACUCCCCAUGACGUCUAGGCCUAGACCGAGCUCGCGAACCAGUCAGAGGGCGUCAUCUCCCGCUCGAAACCAACCUCCAAUGGCUCGCGCACCACAUGUCCCAUCACCACUAGCACCUCCGGUUCCUAACCAGAUGAUCUCUCCGCCUUUGGCUGCCACAUCGGCGCCUCCCAUUGAGGCCUAUAGUGAACCUCCAAGCCAGCCGUCCCUCGUUCCAGGAGCUGGCCUGGUUGCACCUGAAAGGGUCAGUCCAUAUGCUUCUCUGACCACUUCCGCCAACCAUAUGCCCCCGCCCCCCUUGAACAACACUUCACGGUACUCUCCUGCUCCAGGUACAAGCCAUACUGCGCCACCGGCUCCAAUCAGUAGCCGUUAUUCGCCUGCACCUCCUGCUACCAAGACCCACGGAUCGUAUGGAGCCGUGGCUAAUUCAGGCCCUGCACCUGUGCUCCCACAUCAGCCGAGAACAUCCAGCCCGUUGACUCAUUCUGAGACUGCUCAUUUUGAGCCCAGGCUAAGCCGCGUUUCAUCUCUGCCCCCGACACGUGAGGUGGAUGAGGAGGACGAGUCACAGACCCCGACCAGGUCGGCAAGUGCUACUCAUUCUAUUCCUCAUCAAGAUUUGAGGUACAAUCCUGCAUCUCCUCCGAAGUCUUCUGAACAGACACCACCUCCGAGCUAUGCUGGGCAGCUUACCUUGUCACCACCAAAGCAGUCAAGCCCAUACGCGCCUCAUGCACCGCCAACAGCUCAGGUUGGCUUUGUGCCUCCUCCUCGAGCCCAGACACAGUCACCAAGCGCUGCCUUUGGGCACAAGCCGGCUCAGAAAUCAUCAGACUCAACCCGCCGUCCUUCGUCUGCUCACUCUCACUCCUAUCCCUCUCCGGUAGGGGCAAAGCCAGCCCCUUCGUCCUAUGCGCCGGCAGCUCCCGCAGCACCAGCUCCCGGUGUCUCUACUGUCCGAACCCGUGGGCAGUCCAUCACAAUGAACAUGGUUGCCCCUACUGAUGGACGAGAGCACGAUGAGCUUCAACGAUGGAAAGGGGUGCCUAUCAUCUCAUGGGGUGUGGGUGGCACUGUUGUCACCUCAUUCCCCAAGAGUGUUCCUCGAUAUGGUAUGAACCAGUCUGUUCCAAUGAUUGUGCGGACUCCAGGAGAAGUCAAGGUCCUAAGCGUCAAGGACAUUGAGCCACUACACGAUCAUGUGGCCAAGUUUCCGGGCCCUCUCAGAGGUAAAUCAAAGAAGAAGGAGACGAUCACCUGGCUUAAUUCUGGAAUUGAGCUACUUGAGAAAGAUCUCCCUGAUGUUUCUUUCCACUCCCAGCUUUCCCUCGAGGCAAAGCGAGCCGUUGAACGGUUGCUUCUUUGGAAAAUCAUGCGACUUUUCAUUGAGCAUGAUGGUGUCCUCGAGGGUAACCCUACUGUUGAGGCAGCCGUCCGAGAUGUUCUUUCUCCUGGUGAGGCCGCCUCAACCACUGGCGAUGAUGGAAUCUUUCCAGGCGCCAGUAGCUUCAGCACAGGAAUUGCCUCUGUCACCUCAAUGCAAGCGGAUGGCGUCGAUGUAUCAACAAUGGAUCAGGUCCGGCAUCACUUGCUAAGGGGUGACCGAGAUAAGGCUGUCUGGGCUCUCGUUGACAAGCGACUUUGGGGACAUGCCAUGUUAAUCUCACAUACCGUGGAAGGCGACCUUUACAAACGCGUUGCACAAGAGUUCGUCCGUAAGGAAGUGAACUAUCCUGGCCAUGCCAAUGAGUCCAUGGCUGCGCUGUACAAGAUUCUUUCCGGCAAUUUGGAAGACUGCGUCGAUGAGUUAGUCCCCGUUCAUGCUCGGGCUGGUCUUCAGCUUCUUUCUACAGAUGUAGGCUCCGGACCUACGAAGGACACUCUCGACGGGUUGGACAAGUGGCGAGAGACUCUGUCGCUCGUGCUGAGCAACCGAAGCACCAAUGAUAUUCAGGGAUUGAAUGCUCUUGGUAGUCUCUUGUCCAGCUAUGGACGAGCCGAGGCGGCUCACAUCUGUUUUAUCUUUGGCCGUCACUCAUCUGUUUUCGGUGGACUGGAUGAUCCUAACGUAAACUUUGUGCUCAUUGGGGCUGAUCAUCGACAACAAUCCGAUCAGUUUGCCAAAGAGACAGAGGCUCUACAACUUAGUGAAGUCUACGAGUACGGUUUAUCUCUUGCAGGAGGAGCUCUCGCAGCAGCAGGAACGCCCCAUCUGGCAGCCUACAAACUUGAGCACGCAAUGACUCUUGCAGAGUACGGCCAUCGAGACAAGGCUAUGCAGUAUUGCGAUGCUAUCCUGGGAGCCAUUUCUUCUCAAACCAAGCGAUCGCCUUAUCAUCACCUUGUUCUUGAAAGUGCGGUUGAGGAUUUCAUGUUGAGGCUGAAGCAAGCACCCAAGGAGGAAGGCGGCUCAUGGAUCUCUAAACCAAGCAUGAACAAGGUUUCUGAUAGCAUGUGGAACAGAUUCAACAAGUUCGUUGCCGGAGAUGAUACCGAGGACAACAGUGGAGGCGCUGGAGAGGCAGGACCAUUCACUCGUCCCUCUGGAGAAUUUAGUCGAUCACCUUCGGUGUCCAACUUUGACAUCUACGGUCAGCAAUCACCUAGUUUUGUUGGUAUGACGCCUGCUCAAACACAAGCGGGCGGCGCGGCAUCCAAAUAUGCGCCUGCGAGUAUGACACCUGCCGGUUCUGCGAAUCCCUACUCCCCAACAUCUCAGUACACCCCCGGACGAACGUCGAUGGAACAAGCUUCUGCCGAACAAGGCCACAACCCAUAUGAGCCUGGAUAUCCCGGUGCCCCUUCAGCCAACCAAGGCAACAGCUACGCCCCAUCGGUUCCUCAGCCUCAGUCAAAUAGCGUUGGCUUCAGUGGACCAGCAGGACUAGCCCCUGCAGCUCAAAUUACACAGGGCUACUCCCCUGCCGGAUACCAGCCGUAUGGAAUGCCAGACUCAGUGGCGGCAGGCGAUGACGAGAAGCCUGCCGACUCUUCAGCACAAGGUUUCCAACCUCUUAGCUAUGGGUACGAGCCACCUCAGUUGUCUUCCAACCAACCUGAACAGGCGACUGGGGACAACGCUGGAGCAAGUGGUAGCGGGGGAUACGAACCCCCUUCCUUCCAGCCUUACGGCUACGAGCCACCAUCGUUCGAACCUCAGUCUACCGCUGAUGAUGAUGAUGCACCCAGACCCAAAAAGAAGAGCUUCAUGGAUGAUGACGAUGAUGAUUUUCCGUCCGCAAAGUCUACGGAUAAGUCAAAGGCGGAUAAGGACCGGGAGAACCAGGAAAUGUUCCGUAAGGCCGCCGAAGAGGAUGCCAAGCGAGCAGCUGCUCAGCAAUCAUCCAAGAAGGGCUGGGGCUUUGGUGGUUGGUUCGGAGGUGCAAAGAAAGGAGCUCCCCUCGAACAGUCAUCAUCUGGCGAUUCUUCACCUGGCAAGCCUAUUCGUGCUAAGCUUGGUGAAGCCAGCAGUUUUGUCUAUGAUCCUGACCUCAAGCGAUGGAUCAACAAGAAGCCUGGUGCCGAAAACACGCCAGCUAAGACUGCGACUCCCCCUCCUCCCAGGGCUGGCCCUCGCUCUGUCUCCGGAACCCCCCCGCCACCUACUGGCACCCCUCCGCCACCUUUGAUUUCAAGCAACAGCGCGCCACCACCGUUGAUGCCUCCAAAGGUACGCGCUGGUACACCAGAACUGACAAAGGCAUCGUCUUCAGAAAGCCUGGGCUUGGCACCUCCCGCCAUGACUCGAUCAGUUUCCAACACCAGCAACGCAAGUGCACCGCCUAGUCGGCCAACAACGAGCAUGAGCAAUGCUAGCAGCAUUGACGAUUUGCUCAGUGUUGCCCCACGCAAGGCCAGCGACAAGAAGAAGGCACGAAAGGGUCGCUAUGUCGAUGUCAUGGCCAAGUAA